CCCUGGUGUGAGAAGCGCAAAUGCGCCAUCAUGUUUGCCGACAUUUUGGGAUUCACUGCACUUACCGAGGGCCUUGCCAAGAGGGGAGCGGAAGGAGUGGAGAAGAUCACGCAGAUUCUCAACACGUAUUUCAGCCUGCUCAUUGACAUAGUUCACAGCAAUGGAGGGGAUGUGAUCAAGUUUGCGGGGGAUGCUCUGCUGGCCCUGUGGGAUGCCUCAGACGACGAUCUUCUCCUGUCGACCUGCAAGGCGGCCAGCUGCGCUCUUCGCAUCCAGGAGGAGCUGUCGAGCAUGACGAGCCAGGAUGGAGUGAAGCUUUCUUUGCGCAUCAGUGUCACCUGCGGCGACCUGCACAUCGGGAUUAUGGGGGGUAACAAUGGAAGAUGGGAGAGUUUUCUUACUGGGAAGCCGCUCAGAGAAGCUGGAGUUGCGUGUGAGAACUCUUUGCCUGGAGAUGUCAUGAUAUCAUCGGACGCGCAAUCUUUGCUCGAGUCGAUUUCUGUGUCUGUCCUGUCCUCGGGAGGGUUCUUUCACCUCAAGUCGAUUUCAGCUCGCCCUGAAUCAAUGCAAGAUCUCGACGAUUACAUGUUUGAGGACGUGCCAGCGAAGCUAAAGAACUUCAUUCCUGUCGAGUGUCAGGCUCGGAUCGACGCAGGGCAGCUGGGAUGGCUGAACGAGCUUCGCCGUGUCACGGUCGUGUUCGUGAAUCUCCCCAACAUGAAUGAGAACGUGUCCAUGGUGGAGGCGCAGCAGAUCUUCAUUGAUCUGCAGGACAUCCUCCACAAGUAUGGCGGAAGUUUGAACAAGCUCAGCGUUGACGACAAGGGCAUCAGCCUCCUGGCGGGGUUCGGCAUGCCGUCCAUGACGCACGGUAACGAUGCAGCCAGGGCGGUCUUGGCAGCUCUUCAGAUGCACCGGCACGUAAGCAUGGCGCAGUGGAGAUGUAGCAUCGGCAUCGCGACGGGGAAAGUGUUCAUCGGGAUCAUAGGGAGCGAGCAAAGAUGCGAGUACACGAUGAUAGGGGAUGCUGUUAAUUUCUCGGCCCGGUUGAUGCACCGGGCCCGGGGAAAGAUCCUGUGCGAUACCAGCACUAAGAAGGUCUGCAAGGAGGCGGUCAUCUUCGGAGAGCCGCUGGUAGAGACGAUCAAGGGGAAGCUGUGGCCCGUGAUUCGGCAGCAGAAGGUGACCACAGGCUCCAAGGUGAAUUGCUCAGGGAGCAUGAUUGGAAGAAAGGAGGAGAGGGAAGUCUUGGCUCAGAUGGCCUCCGACAUUGCGAUGCAAAAGGAGAAUGUCAACAAGAUCAUCUUCGUGGGGGAAGCCGGCCUCGGGAAGACCAGGUUGGCGACUGAGUUCCUCAAGAUCGGCAAGGAACGCGGACUCAACUGCUUCCUUGCUUCUGCGGAUGAAGUUCAGAUCUCGACACCGUUCCAUCCAUGGCGAAGUAUCUUCCAGCACAUCCUCGGUGUCGACGAGUUCGGCAUGGCGGGGAACGAGUUCAACCGAAGAUACAGCGACUCUGGCUUCAAGGCCGAUCAUCAGGCGAUGCUCAAGGAGAAGCUGACGGUGAUGGGGCUUUCGGAAGCAUUUGUCAAGCUCACCCCCCUGCUGGACUCUGUCCUGUCCAUCGGGCUCGAGGACAACCAGAGGACGAGGAAGAUGAGGGGGGAGAUCAGAGCAAAGAACACUCAGAAGUUCCUGUGUGAGAUCCUCCGCCUCUACUGCAUGUCCACGUCCUUCGUCCUGGUCGUCGAUGAUGGGCAGUGGUUUGACUCCAUGUCUUGGGCGCUCAUCUCCCUUGUCUCCAAGAUCGUCCCGACGUUCCACGUGGUGCUGUUCACGAGGCCGAUGCCGUCCCCUCAGCCGACAGAGUUCAAGAACUUCGAGAUGACGUGCACGAGGUACGUCCUUCAGUCCAUGACCGACGAGGACUGUGUGCAGCUCGUCGUUCAGAUCCUCGGAGUCGACAAGCUCCCCUUGGCGAUCGAGGACCUGAUCCGGGACAGAGCUCAGGGCAGCCCUCUCUUCAGCUCCGAGCUGGCGCUCUCCCUGAGGGAGUCGCUCAACGCCAGCGGGGAGAAUCUGAGCAGUCAGCUGGACGAGUUGGACCUGUCAAACUUCACCGUCUCCGACACGAUCGAGGGGCUGAUCACUAGCAGGAUCGACAGGCUGACGGCGUCGCAGCAGCUGACGCUCAAGGUGGCCAGCGUGAUAGGAAGGGAGUUCGACUUCCUGCUGCUGAUUCAGAUCCAUCCAACGGAGAACGAGUCCUCGAUCGAGAGUGACCUAGACGUGCUGAGGUACCACGAGCUCAUCACUCCCUGCCGGAAUGGAAGAGAGACUAGUUACAUCUUCAAGCACGCUGCCAUCCAGGAGAUCAGCUACUCCCUCCUACCCGAGUCCCGCAAGAUCGAGCUCCACUCCAGGGUCGUAGAAGUCCUCGAGUUGCAGCACGGCAACGUUCACAUCACGCUGCAUCCCAUCCUCGCUCAGCACUGCGAGAAGGCGAAGAUCUGGGACAAAGCCCUCCGCUACCUCUCGAGCUCAGGAGGAGAGGCGCUAAGGAACCGUGCUCACAUCGAGGCCAUCGACUGGUUCAAGAGGGCGCUGCAUGCUCAGACGCUGAGCAGUGCCAUGACCACUGAGGAGAGGGCGAGUCUUUACCAGAAGCUGGGAGAGGCCCAGUUCCUGACGGGCGACUUCCACUCGUGCCAACUGAGCUUCAAGCAAGCACUUGAGCUCGUCGGCCGCGCCAUCCCUUCCUCCCGCCACGGCUACUGGCUGGGCUGCGUCAAGGCUGCUGUGGAGUUUGUGCUGAUAUGGCUGUUCCCUCGGCUGUGGAGGAGGGGGACGAAGGAGGGUUACCUACACCUGAUCCAGAUCUACGAGCGGCUGUUCCACUUCUACUACUACCUGGGGAACCCUCUGAAGGCGCUCUACUUCACCCUUCAGAUGUUGAAGGUCUCCGUGCUCAAGGAAGCGACUACCUGCCGUCGCCUCUCUUUCACCUCCAUGCUCGGCCUCGCCCUGCAGGUGUUCGGCAUGCGCUCGAUUUCUAGCUGGGUGAUCAAACAGAGCCUGGAGGGGAUCAACGCGCAAUCUGACGUGUCGUCACAAGCGAAGAUCCUGCUGUGGGGAGGCGUUCACAAGUUCUCGCUGGGGAGGACGGACGAGAGCGCCGUGCUCUUCAAGCAGUCGCUGGAGUUCGGAAGGAGGAUAGGGGAUCAGAGGACGGUGGACGAGGUGUCGUUCAACUACGGGCUGCAGAAGUACAUGCUGAACCAGUACGAGUGCGCCAAGUUAUGGGCGCAGAAGAUAAGGACGUCGACGGAGAAGAGAAACAACUGGCAGGGGGAGCUGUGGGGCCUCUGCCUUGAGAUUGCAUGUGAAGUUCGACUGGAGAGGCUGAGCAGAGACGCUCUCCUGUCUCUCCUGUCCCGCCUCGCGGACCACCUCAGGUUCUCCAACAGGGCCAUCCCCUCGGAUACCCUCCUGGGAAUGUCGGUAAUGGCCAUGGGAUGGCUCAAGGUCGGGGAGAGGACAAAGGCGCUUGCUUGCUGCUCGACCGUUGGCGCGAUCCUCAGGGACUACAGACCUGUGUCGAUCCAUACGUCUUGGGCUCUCAUGACGCUUUCGGGGGUGGUGAAGCGGCUGCAGGAGGGAGAGGAGGGGAGCAGGGAGGAACUGCAGGAGCUGAAGAGAAGCAUCGAGCUCGUGCUUCGGCGAUCGUUGAGGAACUUUCAGAUCCUUACGAUGAGGAAGGAGGCGGUAGAGAAGUGCUGAGAGGAGGGAGAGGGACGAGGAGAGAGCGAGUGUAUGAUAGCAGAGAUGUAGCAUACGGAGGGGAUGAUGUAGAUUUACAAUGAACGCUUGAGAGCGAUCUGGAACCUG